UUUUUUAGAACUGCUGAGAAAAUGGGGUUCCAAUGGCUCAAGAUUAUAAACAAGGACCCCCGCUUGGAUGGGAUGGAUGACCUGUCUGGGAUUGAAAUUCCUUUGCACUACAUAUUUAAGCUGGCAUCUCAUGCCAUUCACCUGGUGGUCUUCUAUGAGAGGAGUGGUAAUUAUCUCUGGCAUGGUCCUCUGAGACUCAAGCAACAUAUGGACAGAAAGUUCGUGCCUUUCCGGAAACUCUACUUUGGUCGCUACCCUGGAGCAUAUGAAAAGCCAGAACUUCUGCUUGUUUCCAUUGAUGACUUAAAAGUUCAAAUUCCAAAAAAUCCAUCCAGUUUUCUAGAGGAGAUGUCACACUCUAGAUUUCUUGAAUGUAGGUACAGAGAAGCUCGAGCUUUCUUUCAGCUGUAUCCUGACGAUGCCUCUCUUGAUGCAGUGGAGUUCAGAAAGAAAGCAAAAUCCUUGCUCCAUCUGGCUGCCCUGACACUGAAUAAGUUAGGAGUAAAGUUCUGGCUGAGCAGUGGAACAUGCCUUGGCUGGUAUAGACAGUGCAAUGUUAUUCCUCACAGCAAAGAUGUGGAUUUGGGAAUCUUUAUAAGGGACUACAAAGCAGAUAUCAUUCCAGCCUUUCAGAAAGCAGGGUUACCACUGAAGCACAAAUUUGGCAAGGUAGAAGACAGCUUGGAACUCUCUUUCCAGGGAGAACAUGAUGUGAAACUUGAUAUUUUUUUCUUCUAUGAAGAGGAUGACCACAUAUGGAAUGGAGGAACUCAGGCUAAAUCGGGCAAGAAAUUUAAGUAUCUCUUUCCAAAGUUUACUCUGUGUUGGACUGAAUUUGUGGAACUGAAGGUACACGUGCCCUGUGAAACCCUUCAGUAUGUUGAAGCCAACUAUGGCCCUGACUGGAAGAUUCCUGUGAAGAUGUGGGACUGGAAGAGCUCGCCAUCCAAUGUGCAGUACAAUGGUGUCUGGCCUGUUGAUGAAUGGGAUGAUGUCAUUCAAAUCUACUGA